UCGGUGUAAGCACAAGAAAGGGGGGGCUGAUCUCAGGAGCGUGUUAUCACACACCACAGGAAUGAACCAAACCAAACGGAUGCUUAACAUACAGUUAUUUUACAUAACUUUUGUUUUAUUAUCUAAACCCGCGUUUCUUUGUUUCUCACUGAAAGGGUAGGGAAAGUUUCAUAUCUGAGGAGGAAUACCUGCCAACUAACGGAACGCAUCAUCCGCAAACCGUCACACCUUCGCGAGAGCGUUGAGGAGAUCGCAUCUGCCUUCGGACUGCAUUUUCUUCUUUUGUUUCUUUUUGGGGUGAGGGUCAAGUCCCUUGAAGAUUCCAGAGAAUGGUAAAUGAUCGAUGGAAAAUCAUGAACAGUGUUUCAGAACUCGAGGAUGGUCAGCAGCAUAAAUCGCAGGACUGUUUCCAGAACCUGGGAGAGUACAAGGCCAGCUGUGCACAAAGGGUGAUUCUAAAAAGUGGGGCAAUUCCAUCUUUGCAAGUAUAUUCUGGCGCUUCUGACUCUCAGACACAGCCUAGGAUGAGCUGUAGCUAUCUCCUAUGCACCAUCCUGCUCUUUGUUGCCGUGUUACUGGCUGUCACGGUAACCGGGAUCAUCCUUCUGAUGAACCAUUACCAAGCGCCCAGCGGCCCCGAUGGCCCCCCUCUCAUCAGCACUAACCAGGAUGAGGCUAAUGCCCUGGUAACCAUCGAGAGAGGCGACGGUUCCCGCAUUAACAUCUUCAUUGACCCCAACUGCCCCGACUACAACAAUAACUUCCUGCGUCUGGAGGGCGUGCAAACCUCACUGCUGCACUCUCUCACCGACCACGACACUGAUCUGAAGUCAGUGAAAGGGCAGGACCGGGCUCUGCUUGUUAAACUGGCUGAGGAGGUGGCCAAACUGUCCGCCCAUGCCAGUCAGCUGAAGAUGGAGUACAACGCUCUGAGACAAGGCCAGGGCAACAUUGGACAGGAGCUCAGCACUCUGCAGACCGAACAGGGCAGGCUUAUUCAGCUGCUGUCAGAGAGUCAGAUCAACAUGGUGAAAGUGGUGAACUCUGUGAGCGACGCGCUCAGCUCCAUGCAGAAGGAAACCGGAAACAUCAAGAGCCGUCUCAAGGCAGAUCUGCAGAGGGCUCCGGUGCGCGGCGUCCGGCCCAAGGGCUGCGCCGGUGGAGAGGGUUCCAGACCCAGGGACUGCAGUGACAUCUAUGCCAGCGGGCAAAGAGAGGAUGGUAUCUACUCCGUUUUCCCCACACAUUACCCCGCAGGCUUCCAGGUCUUCUGUGACAUGACUACUGAUGGAGGCGGAUGGACGGUGAUUCAACGCAGAGAAGAUGGCUCUGUUAACUUUUUCCGUGACUGGGAAGCCUAUCGUGAAGGAUUUGGCAAGAUAACAGGAGAGCAUUGGCUUGGCAUGAAACGAAUCCACGCACUUACCAUUCAAGCCAACUACGAGCUAAGGAUUGACCUGGAGGACUUUGAGAACAGUACCUCCUUUGCGCAGUACGGCUCUUUUGGAGUGGGUUUGUUCUCUGUUGACCCAGACGAGGAUGGCUACCCACUGAGCAUCGCGGACUACUCCGGCACUGCAGGCGACUCGCUUCUCAAACACAACGGGAUGAAAUUCACCACUAAGGACAAGGACAACGACCACUCCGAGAAUAACUGUGCGUCCUUCUACCACGGCGCCUGGUGGUACCGCAACUGCCACACUUCCAACCUCAACGGACAGUACCUGCGCGGCCAGCACACCUCGUACGCCGACGGCAUCGAGUGGUCGUCCUGGACGGGCUGGCAGUACUCACUGAAGUUCACCGAGAUGAAGAUCAGGCCCACCAAGGAGGAGAAUAAAUGAGCGAGAACUAGAAACCUUGACUAGAACAACUCAAAAGAUGGCUGUAGGUGUUAGAGACACUCGGUGCAGAAACGCAACAACUUUAUAGCAACAACCUCUUUCUCAUGUUUCUGUUUCUAUCCAUCUUUCAAUUCCCCGUUUUCCCACCAUCUUGUAGUGUUCGUGCUAAUGCCCAGUGGGCUGUUGUUUUUUCUCUCAAUCUCUGAAUAUUAUUAUGAAGAAACAUUGCAGGUAUUGUCAAAAAUGUACUAAUGAAAAAAAAAUCAGUAGUUGUUGUGUAAAAAAAAGAAAACAAAAAAACAAAAUAAAAAAACUUCUGUAGCUGUGAAAUUUAGAAAGAAUGUGUAGCUUUUCAUAAAAAAUAAAGACUUUUAACUCUUCUCAAACAUCCGACAGAGAGGCAGCUUGUCCUAUGUUAUUUUCAUCCAGUGCUUAAUCAAUAACUCAGAGUUAAACAUGACAAGGUUGCUAUUUGUGUGUCCAGCCACCGCUGUAAUAUCUGGGAGGUAACUACUUUUCCCCACAUGUCGAGUAAAUACGUUAUUGACCACCAGGGAUGCUCAAAGAGAAUAUGUGUCACAGUGGUGGCUUUCAGAGUGAUGGGCCAAUACAAGCACAUUUCUCAUUCUUGACAGGCCAGUCGGUGCAAGGUUUAUCAAUGGAGAAGCUAAACGUUUCUCAGAAAACACAGUAACCCUCUGGCGUUACUACCAGUUAGCAGAGUGUUGGAUUUUAUCAUAUGCACAGUAGGUCGGGUUCACCUGAAAUCCCAGUGAGAUGGAUUGAUGGAGCUUAAGGCUUAAUCUUGGAGGAGAUCUGAGAAGUGAACUUGGGUUGAACUGCUUUUAUUGUUGUGAACAGACUGACUCUUCUGUUUUUAAUGUCAGAUCAUCACCUGGAGAUUGUUUCAGUAGCUUAUUCGGUAGCUCAUCACCAAUAUAUUCUCAUGCAUUCAUUUAAUGUCAUUUCUUUGCGAUAAAUUGGGAAAUUUCUGAAAUAAAAAGGAAUAGUUUACCCUAAAUGGGUCUAAAUUUCAUUUUAAAGCACACAUAUUUUAUUUUAUUGUAGCAAGUAAUGCUUUGAGAUAGCUUGAUUUGCUUUGGAGGCUCCUAAAAGUGUAAAAUGGAAUUAGCAACAGUUCAAUAGAUUUUCGGUGACUCUUUCUGCACGUCAUACGGUUAUGCCAGUUGGUGGGGGCAAAUUACUCACUGUAAAAAAUAUUGUUGGUUUAACUUAAAAAAAUUGCCUUAAAAUUUUAAGUUCAUUGAAAUGGAAAAAUUGAGUUAAUACAAUGAAGGAGAUUGAUUUAAUCAUCAGAAACUCAAAGUAUUAUGUUAUCUGAGCUAUAUAGAUUAUUUAAGUUGAUUUGACAAAAGAAAAAAUGUUGUGAUUACAAAUUAUGAAAAUAUUUUUUACAGUGCUCUUUAAUUCAAGUGAGUAAUGGAUCAUCGAAUGUUCAAAUACACGGAUUCAUUCAAAAAUGAAUUGUUGAAUCAUUUACUCAACCACUUGCUGAUUCAUACAAGAACGGAUCAAGCGAAUCUUUUUGAGUGAAUCACUGAGUCAUUCACUCAUCUGAUCAGUUCAAAAUAAUACUUGCCGCUGUUGCUAGGAAUUGUGCAACGGCUCUGUUUUGAUUUCAUUUGGACCUGUUUUCAUUUGUGAAACAAAAAGUAUUUGGCAAUACUGUCAAAAAUGCAAUUUACUCUCUCUUGUUUAUUGAACUGUUGUAUAAAAUCAUGAGGGUGAGUAACUGAUUGAACUGGGGUGAACUAAUGUUGCUUCUCUUUGUAUUUGUUUGCUUUUUUGUCUAUGCAGACUUGACUCACUAACUUUCUCUUUUCUAUUGAAUUGAUGGCACUUUAAUAAUUUAUGGCAAUUUAAUAAUGAGCAUAUGUUCCCUUUCCAAACCAUAAACUUGCAAUGUCCUUUUACUUUCGUUGUUAUGAGUGUUUGUAUUAGUUUUGAUAACACAAUAUUGAAUCAUGCAAUGUCCAUGUUAACUAAGAUGACCCUGUGUUUAGAAUGUGAAAGUCGGUUUCAUAACUUUAUUUGUAUCUUCAUAUUUGAUGUGAUUGUACAUUGGUUAUCCUGUCAAAGAUGAACAUUGUCUGCACUUUAAACAACAACAUCAAAACAGUCAUUUCUGUUUCGAAAUGUUUUACAAUCACUUUUAUAUCUAUAUUGGAUGGAAAUCAAAGAAAUAGUUUUAUGAACUUAUCCCUCAGAGUAUUUUAAGAAUGCGAAGCAUUUCAAUAUCAGCCUGCUUUAUUGAUCAAAUGUUUAUCUAUGCUCAAAUGGCUAACCCAUGGUAUAUACUGCAAUGCCAACCCCUACUGAAAAAGCAAUUCACCAACGUCAAAGGAACUCAAAAGCAAACAGCUGUCACAGCCCAACCAAACUGAUGCGUUUUGAUCAAGUUUGUGACACGUUCUCGCUCAAUAAAGAGAACUGCAGGCAUUUCUGUGAGGUGAAAUUGUUUAAGAUGAACGCCGCUAUGCAGAUUGACUUACACGGUCAAUUCCCUCUGGAAACUGUAGGAGGGAUUUCUAUGCUCCAGCUGUCCUAGCAUGCACAUUCAAAAUGCAGUGAAAACGCCAAUAAAAUACAUCCCCGCACCUCAUCAUGCCAUGUUUUUCUUGCUCUCCACAGGUAUAUUCAAAUAAAUUUGAUGUUGAAAUGUGGUCUGCAAUGACAGAGAGUUCGGUUUUGUUGCGCUUAAGGACAGCUACAGCUUUGGGGGAAAUACAAAUUCUCAGUUCGUGACCCCUAGUUGCUCUCUGUGAACUUGGUGGAACUCAGGAACCCCUGCUGAUGGCCUCUCAAACUACAGCCUUGCUGAUAGCGCUUGCCAGUCACCCAUGUAAAUAAUUUAACCGUGAAAUUGAGCAUGUCUUGCAGUAUAACAACACCCCAGGAUGACAAGAGGACGUUUUAUUUUCCAUUCCUUGCACACCUUGCCCUUCCUAACAUCCCCCAAACCUUCAAACCCAUCAUUUGUGACCAGCUAUGAAAGCGAACGCAGGUCUACCAUAUACAAUUAAACAAUUGGUACGCCCUGCUAUGAAUUACAAUGGACUUUUUGACAUUUUUUACGGUCUUGUAUUAGCAGUUUCUUGUCGUUGUUGAUCAUUAAAAUGUGUUUCAUGUUCACAGUGACAUUUAAUAAACAUCCACAGUUUCUAACA